AAAGAAUCUAAGCAGCCAAGGCAAUAGUUAUUUAGAAAAUAAAUCAAAUACAUAAGUCAACUCUCGAAAAAGUAUAUUAAAAAUGGAAGUAGCAGAGGUGGAUCCAAAACGCACUAAAAGUUAUGUGGAGGAAGCCUUUCGUCUCUUAAAAGAGAAGCCGGGCGUGGAGGACAUUUUGAUCAUGAAUCACUCGGGUGUUCCGGUAAAAACGUCGAUGGAUCGUCAGGAGAGCCUACAGUACGCCUGUCUAUAUGACAACUUGCGGGAAAAGUGUCAGGCAUUCCUAUCCAAAUUGGAGCCAGCACAAACGUUGACCUUCUUGAGAGUCCGUACCAAAUACCACGAGGUGCUCAUUACACCAGAUGCCAAGAUCACUGUUUUAGUGGUCCAAAAUGCCAAAGAUACUUUCAUAAACAUGAAGAACUAGCACUAUUCCUUCUGUUGUAAGAUAUAAUUCAUGGUGGUCAUUGCUGUUCAUCUCCAACUAACCAAACAGUAAUAAAAAAUGAAUGAAGAUGGUUCGAUUUCAAACUGCAAGCCAUUAAAGAGCAUUUAAAAUCUAAUAGUUUAGUUUUGAUCAAU